AUGGCAGCUACGGGCCCUCCCAUGAAGCAGGCCCGGCUGCCAGCUCGGGAAGCCAUCGGCACCGGCUACGAGCAGAAGCUGCAGCGACUGAUUGCGGAAGGGCGAUUCAUCCACCCACUGGAUGGUGACCGGCCGAGCUUUGCAGACCUCGCCCACGCUUUGGCCAGGUGCUGUGGCCUCGUCCCGGAGCAGCCGGUGAGAGCCGGGAAGGCAGAGGAGCUGGCCGCUUUGAUCGGCGGCAAAGCUCGCAGGCACAUUGUAGUGGUGCUUUGCGAUGGAAUGGGGGUGAGCACUCUGCAUCAGCAUCUACCUCCCGACAGCUUUCUCCGACAAAACAACACCCGCCAGCUUAGAGCCGUCUUCCCAGCGACGACGCCAGCAGCACUCACAACUCUUGCCACAGCUGCCUGGCCUGGUCAACAUGGCCUUCCGGGGUGGGAGCUGCGAGAUCAGAAAGGCUGCGAGUUCCCGGGGGCAGCUGGCGUCGGACCGAUCCAGCUGACCAUCUUGGAUCAGGUAGUGCGCGACAUGCGAACGAGGAAGCCAGUUUCAGACCUUGGCUUUGGUAUCGAGGAUAUCUAUAUUCGCAAGCCGUGGGUAUCACAAGGAGAGUCUGCAAGGCGAAUGAAGUUUGUGAAUGCGUACAAUGGAACAGAAUUCACGAACUGGUACCAGGAUAAGCACUGCCCGAGCGUUAUGAACAUCCCAGAGACUGCGCUGGAAACACUGGGCCAGCCAGAGGGGUCUCAAAAGGCAGUUGAGUUUUUCAACGCCGGCGUCGAUGCGGUCAUCAGUAGUGUUACAGAAUCGGAAGAAGAGGGAUGGCAGUCUUAUGUUUAUCUUUACACCGCCCACCCUGACAAGCACAUGCACGCGCUCGGGGUGGAGCAUCCUGAAGUCACUGCAGUGAUGACAGGCAUCGACCAGAGUCUAUCGCGACUCUGGGAGCAUCUAAGGGAGCUGGAUGCGACGCUCAUAGUCACUGCCGACCAUGGACAUGUUACUGUGAAGCCAGAGGAGAUGGUUGUGCUGCCAGAUGAACUACUUAAUUGCCUCGAAUAUGCCAAUGUGGGUGUGCACGGAAAGGGGCGGCAUGCUUACUUCCACUGCCGGAGCGGUCGUUUGAAAGAGUUCCAGAGGCUCUGGGACACCUAUGACACGCUGCGCGAGAACUUUCUUCUGCUGCCUGUGGAUGCAGCGGCAGAGCUUGGGUUGUUUGGCCCUGACCCUCCCCUGCCAGAAGUCCGACCCAGGCUAGGGGAUUUCCUUGGGAUCUCAUGUGGAGCUCAUACUAUCGUGAAGCCGUCGGAGGCCACUCGGUUUCAAGACCGUGCACAAGGAUCUCAUGGCUCUAUGACACGUGAGGAGAUGGAAAUCCCUUUUCUGCUUUGUAGCCCGAGCUCCUCAAACUGA